AUGGAUCAGUUUGAAUUUUCAAGCAUACAUAAUCAACAUAUGCAACUUACUGAAGACAAGCCUCGUUCCAUGUUUCUUUCGAAUGGUUCAGAUAGUCAUGCAUUAGUUCGCGAUAAUCAAUCAACAGCAGAAUCGAAUUCGACUAAACGUUCACUGAUGAAUACAUCGUUAUGCAAAACAUAUAAACAACCUGACUCAUCAAAACAAUUUAACACGUGCACUCAAUGUUAUCCAGAUCGAUUACGAUCGAAACCGUUUCGAGUUAUUUCUACAGAACGUCAUUCUGAUAAUGAAACAGCUAGAUCGACAUCAUUUGCAAUCGAAAAACCAUCGAAUAUAGAUAAACAAAAAAUAUCUAUAAAUAGUGAUAUAGAAGUAAUCGUGGAAUCAUCUGACAAUAAAAUUACGACUAAAUCAAAAAAUGAUUCAUACACGUCUUUACAUAACUUUGGAAAUCGUGAAUCUAGUAUAGAUUCAACUGUAAGUAACUCAAGUAUUAUUUCACAAUCAAGUUUAUAUCAACUUCUUCUUCGACCAAAAGUUCAUAUAGAAGAAAAUAUUGUUGAUAAUACAAAAAGUACCGUAUCUACUACCAUUUCUAUUUCUGAUAUUGAUCCUAUUCCUAAGUCUGUUCCUGUUUCUAAUUCCUUACGUUUAUCAAACGAACAAAUCAAUUAUUAUAAAAAACGUGAAACCGAAUUAAACCACAGUGCUAAAGAGCUUAUCGAACGUUUAAAAAUAAAAACAAAUGAUAGCAUCAAUCAAAUAUCAAAAUAUUGGUUUUAUUUGAAGCAAUUCUCUUUAGAUAAAUUGCGAGAAAAAACAAAUCAUAAUCAACUAUUUUAUUAUUUAUUAAAAUCGUUUAAUCUAAAUAAAGAAUUUAAAAAUUAUUUGGAAACAAAUGAUGAAAUUACAGCUGCAUUACAAGUUUUAUCAACAACAUUAAUUAUUGUUCGGGACAACUAUUCACUUGCAGAAAUUGAUCAGAUUUUUGAUAAAGAAGAGAAAAAAACAAUAAAAAAUCUACGUGAUGAACAUGAAGCUUUACUCUCAUCUUAUUAUGAUGAACUUUCAAUUAUUCAUGAAUGUAGUCUUGUGUAUCAAAAGUGUCUGAACGAAGGCAAAGAUUUUCAUUGGACAGAAACAAUUAACAAUGAUUAUCCGGCUCUAAUUGAAAAGGUCUCCGAGGGUUUUAUUAAUAAAGCUCCUCAAGUAGAACAAGUACUUCUAAAAAUGCUUUCGAAUGUGAAAAAACGUUUGCAUAAUAAAAUGGAAAAUUAUGAAUAA